UCUAUUUGCAGGUCUUCUUUGACAUGCCCUCACUGCCUUAAGCAAAGCAACACCUUUGAUCCAUUUUUAUGCAUCUCUCUGCCUAUUCCCCUGCGACAGACCAGGCCAAUGUGUGUCACGCUGGUGUUCAGCACUAAGGGUCAGAGGUACCUGCGGGUGGGGCUUGCUGUACCUCUCUGUGGUCCUGUAGCUUCCCUGAGAGCCAUGGUGGCGGCAGAGGGCAACAUCUCUCCUGAUCAGGUGAUCCUGGCAGAACUUUACUCCACUGGUUUCGAGCGGUCUUUCUCAGACGACGACGACUUGACCGCCAUCGCUGAUAGCGACGUCGUCUACGCCUUCCAGGCUCCGCCCCUCAGCAGCAAUGGGGGCUCUGCUCCACACUCAG